AUGGCACCGCAUUCUCUUCAUAGAAGUGUUACGCCCGAUGUGAAACCCUCUAUUGAAGACUUAGAGCGCCCAAUGCCAGAGCCUCUUAAUAUCCUUGCACAGAGCAUGACCGUUCUCGUCAAAAAGAUUCAGGAUCUCCGUCAUAUUGGCAUCGAAGAUUCUCAUAUUAAGUUACCCAAGAUCUGUGUGAUUGGUGAUCAGAGCACAGGAAAGAGCUCGCUCAUUGAAGGAAUGAGUGAGAUCAAAGUUCCAAGGAGCUCCGGUACCUGUACUCGUUGUCCUAUGGAAAUUAACCUUUCCGAGAGUGAGGCUGGACAAUCUUGGACUUGCCGUGUGUACCUCUCUAGGAGGUACAUAUAUGAUGGCUCCAGGAAGAUAGGCAAGCCAAAGAAGUCACAUCCUCUGGGACCAUGGGUCUCUAUCGACCCGGAAGAUGAAUUCUUCAUCACAAUCACCAACAAAGAUCAGAUCGAAGAAGUGAAAUUCUCGCCCAACAUAGUAAGGCUUGAUAUCUCGGCACCAGGGUUCCCGAGCCUGUCCUUUUACGACCUGCCUGGUGUCAUCAACCAAGUCGAAUUCGAUGAGGAACGCUACCUUGUAAACCUCGUUGAGAACCUCGUGAAGGACUACAUCAGUCAGGAUAACUGUAUAGUUCUCCUCACAAUUACCAUGACAGAUGAUGUGAUGAAUAGUAGUGCCGCCCGGAUAAUGAAUGACGUCCGUGGAGCGAAACAGAGGGCUCUAGGGGUUCUCACAAAGCCGGAUAGAAUACCUCCUGGUGAUGAACUCAGCCAAUGGAUUGAAAUCCUUGAAGGUGAUAAGUUUGCUUUAGGGCACGACUACUAUGUUGUUCGCAACAAUCCGGACCCUUCGGUUGAGCACUCGGUGGCGCGACAGGAGGAGGAUGCAUAUUUUAUGUCUGGGCCAUGGUCAACAGAGCUUGCAGCGUACCGUGAGAGAUUUGGAACCCGGAGCCUACAGAGCGCGUUGUCAAAACUUCUGUUCCAGCAAAUCCAGGGAUGCCUGCCAGCCAUAAUCCAAGAAAUCAACAAGAAGGCUACUCGGAUCGAUGAUGAGCUUUCGAAGCUCCCAGCUCCACCAUCGGCCAAUGUUCCAUACAUCUUGUGCGAAAAGCUGUAUGAAUUCAAGGAAUGUAUUCGCCAUCAAAUGGACGGGGGCUCCAGGGAGUAUCCCCUGAAGAAACUCUGGUACAAUAUUGCAGAAGACUUCAAGCUCUCCUUGGCUAAAACCCGCCCAACAGUGAAGGUACUGGCAGAGGUUGAUAAGCAAUCCAUUUCCGCUAGCCGUGAUGACGACUCAGAAUGCGAGUUUGUCCAAUGCUCACCCAAGAGGAAACUACCAGAAGAUGUAUUUGGCUCGCCGUCCUCAACCGCAGGAGGAAGGCCCAAGAAACCAUCAGGAUACCAUACUACACACUUUGACAAUUUUAUGAAACCCGCGAAAGAAUUCUCUUGGGAGGAAAUUCGGGAUAUUAAUAAGGAUUCGGCGAGUGCGGGAAUCCCACAACAGAUCAAUCCCAAGGCCAUAGACUUUUUGAAUCAAGUGAGUGUCGUCCACUGGAAGCAGCCAAUGAUAGUCUUCAUUGAUGCAAGCCAUCAACUUGUGAGAGACACACUAUUGCGCGAAUUGAACAACGUUUUUAUCCAGUACAACCAGACUGGCCUGUUCAGAGAGCUUGAAAGAAUAAUCAGAAGCUAUCUGAAGAAGCUUAGAGCUGAACACCUUGCUCACGCCGAAGAAAUAUACAGCAUCGAGUAUGAGAAACCUUUCACGAUGGCGACUACAGCACUUGACCAGGCUACAGCUAUAGCCUAUAAACAUCUGGAGUCGCGCCGCUUCGAUGCCCGGGCUAACCAUUACCUGGACCUCUUUAAUAAGUACCCCAUUGGCGACCCACGAAGGGAGAGCGAAAAGAAGAAGAUAGGGAAUGCCGAAUUGGGUGCAGAUAAGUUCACGCUGGAAGUCAGAAUGAUGGCUAUAACCCGGGGCUAUUAUGAAACCGCCAGCUCGAGAUUUGUCGACUCUGUUUGUCAAUCUAUAUACACAAAGCUAUUUUUCAGAUGCCACCAGAGCCUGGUCAAAGCAAUUGAGCACGGUCUAGGGAUUCAGGCGGAAAACGCCGUGGAGCGUUGUAAUGAGCUCAUGUCCGAGGAUAUUGAACGCCAACGUCGUCGACAAUACUUCGAGAAGCAGAAAGAGAAGGUCAUGAAAGCGCAAGAAUGGUUGAACGAGGAGAAUGGAACCGCCGACGAGCAAGACGAUCCCAUGGAUGUUAAGCCUGAAAUCAAGUCUCAAUCUCACGAUUUGUGAGUAAUAGAAACGCUAAUUGCAAUAUCAUAUUUUCAUUCUGGAGAGAAAUUCUGUUAUUUUGUACUUGGUCGCCAACACUGCCAGAAGAUUCAAGGCGGGGUUCAGUUAUCGGCGUCGAAGAACCCCACUUCGAUGCCCGUGCCCUAAGCCCUGCCUGCCUCUUUUGGGGGGCUUGAAAUCUUUGGAAAGCGGCAAAUGCACGGUCUGGGGUGGACAGGAGUCGGAUGAAUCAUGCGAAGGAAUUAUUUUAGAGGAGGCACUAUCUAGCAAUUCGAA